GGUGGUCGGGCCGUGCCGUGCCGUGCUUCGGAGCGGUGUCGGGGUGGGAGGUGGCCGCUGGGAUCCCCUCACCGCUGCGGCUGUGGGGCGGGGCGUGGCCGUGCUGUGAGCCGGGCUGUACUCCGGGCUGUACUCCGCAGUGUGAUCCGGCUGAUCAUGCAGUACCUGAAGGAGAACAGCCUGCACCGGGCCCUCGCCACCCUCCAGGAAGAGACGACCGUGUCCCUCAACACCGUGGACAGCAUCGAGAGCUUCGUGGCCGACAUCAACAGCGGGCACUGGGACACGGUGCUGCAGGCCAUACAGUCGCUGAAGCUGCCCGACAAGACCCUCAUCGACCUGUACGAGCAGGUUGUGCUGGAGCUGAUUGAGCUCCGGGAGCUGGGUGCUGCCAGGUCCCUCCUCAGGCAAACAGAUCCCAUGAUCAUGCUGAAGCAGACUCAGCCAGAGCGGUACAUUCACCUUGAAAACCUUCUGGCCAGAUCUUACUUUGAUCCUCGUGAGGCAUAUCCUGAUGGAAGCAGCAAAGAAAAGCGGAGAGCUGCUAUUGCACAAGCUUUAGCUGGAGAGGUCAGCGUGGUACCUCCAUCUCGUCUGAUGGCAUUGCUGGGGCAGGCACUGAAGUGGCAACAGCAUCAGGGCCUGCUUCCUCCUGGGAUGACAAUUGACUUGUUCAGAGGCAAAGCAGCUGUGAAAGACGUGGAAGAAGAAAAGUUCCCCACGCAGCUGAGCAGACAUAUUAAGUUUGGGCAGAAGUCCCACGUGGAGUGUGCUCGGUUUUCACCUGACGGUCAGUAUCUGGUCACUGGCUCUGUGGAUGGUUUCAUUGAAGUAUGGAACUUCACUACUGGGAAGAUUCGGAAGGAUCUGAAAUACCAGGCACAAGAUAAUUUUAUGAUGAUGGACGAUGCAGUGUUGUGCAUGUGCUUCAGCAGAGACACAGAAAUGCUAGCAACUGGAGCACAAGAUGGAAAGAUCAAGGUGUGGAAAAUCCAGAGCGGUCAGUGCCUGCGGAGGUUUGAACGAGCCCACAGUAAAGGUGUUACGUGCCUGAGUUUUUCUAAGGACAGCAGCCAAAUUCUUAGUGCUUCUUUUGAUCAGACAAUCAGGUAAAAUGAGAAAACGUGAGUUAUAAUGCAGGAGAAAAUAGUGUUUGCAUUAAUUGGUUAAACUUUGAUUUGUAUUUCAUAGAGUUUUAAUGCUAAAAGGAGGGCUGACUUCUCUGGGUUGGAGAGGGACAGUUUGAAAGUCUGGUCUUUCACCGUGCCUAAUAGCUGUAUUCCAGAUGUUGGGGCACAGUGCUUCCUUAUCUCUGUUGCUGCUUAGAUCAACUUCAAGUAUUUUAUUUCCCAUGAGAUUCCCAACUUAAAAGACAGACGUGUCAGUCUUCAAAAGUAACGUUUUCUGUAACAAACUUAGAGAUGGUAAGAAAGAUCCAAGUCCAACAGGACAGUAACAUUUCUUGAAAAGGCCUCAGAUGACUCAGUUGCAAACACUCACUGCCUUCAGUAGGUGAUAUGACAGUAGUUGAUUCCAUCCAGUAUGUUGUUUUUUUUUUCUGCAGCAAAACAAUGGGCUCUUCUUUUUAUUCUGCCUAUUAUAAAUUCUCUGCAUUUUUAAGAUUUUUGCUGCAUCUUCUCUGCUCCUCCUGAUAGUUGCUGAGUGCAGUAGAACUUUCCCAGGUUCAUGCCCCUAGAUCCAUCCCCCUUUUCCUCUCGGAUCAAGAGACCUCCCAGAGGGGGGAACAAGAACAAGGACCCAAAGAAUGUGUUUUCUGGGCAUCUAUUCUUCCCAGCAUUCUGGCAGGAAAUACCAGAGAUCUGGUGCUCUAAGUCAGCCAGGUUGAUGCACUUGGAGAGCUUAAAGGACAGGACUUGCCCUGCGUUUCAGGAAGUGCCCGUACAGCUAGCCCCUGCAGUGCUUUAGGGUGCUCACCUUUGGUCUGAGUAUCUCUUCAAGUGCAUGUAACAUACAAAGACAGGCUGAUGACUGGGUCUGAUUGACCUGCAGAACAGAAAGCUGAAAGAGGUGCCUCAUUGCUUCAUCUAGAACUUGUCAUGGGUAAGAUGGCACCAUACUUCUCUCAGAAGUACAUGGCUCUUAGGAGGAACAAAUUCCAGAAAAGGAAAUUCUGGCAGUUUAUAAGGAAACACUCUUCUUUUUUUCCCUUUAAGUUAAUACUUGGACUGUGGAGGGAGUUGGAUAAGGUGGAGGGAUUUCAACCCUUGAAGACUUUCAAACCAAAAUUGGAUGUGAGUGACCUGACUGGACUUGGAAGCUGUUGCAUCGAGGAGAGCAUUGGAAUAUGUGUUCUGUCAGGUUCCUCCCAUCCGAAGUUAUCCUGUGAUUCUCUCACACAUAUGGCUCCUCCUCAGAAAUGCCUUGCUCCAGCCCUCUCUGCACUGGAUUCUCCAACACGUCCAUCUCUUUUUUUUGUAGCAGAGGCCCCAAACUGAACGUCAUACUCCAGAGGUGGCCUCACCUUUUCCAUGUAGGAGGGAGCCCUGAUCUUCAGACUGUGCCUUGCCUCGUGUGUGCUGGUGUGUGGUUGGGUUCCCCAUUGCCACAGCGUUCUGCUGGCUUUCAGUGUCUUCUUCACAAGGACUGCCAGGUCCUCUUCCGGAGAUUUCUGCCACCAGUUAGUUCUUGUUUGAUUCUGAAGCAUGAGGUUGUUCUGCGCUUUGUGUUUAUCAGUUCUCAACAUCAUAGAGUUUUUCACACCCCAUCUGUCCAUCUUGCCAAGGGUUCCAACUUUCUCAUCUGUGCCUUUCUAAACUGAGUUACAUGUGACUCGUAGGAUGAAUUUGAUUGAUCCAGUGCCUAACAAUUUCAUAUGGUUAUUUUUAAUUGAAUGGGAUUACAUAACCUGUAGUAGCCUUAGCCUCUUGUUUGUGCUACAAACAGUAAUGGUACUGCUGUAGAUGAAAAUGAGGGUUCUGCUAAAGAUCUGAAAGCAACUGCACAGUGAACAGGCAUUACGAAAUGUCUCAAUGGGAGCUAUUAAUCCACGUAAGUCACAGUACAGAUGGACCACAGCAUGGGCAGGCAAAUGAUGAAGUUGCACAGCAAAAAAAA